ACCCAUCUCAACCUCAAUCCACCAAGCCUAUUCCCAAGAGGACCAGAUCCAGAUUCGCAAACAUGGUUGUCUUGGCCGCCUCAAUCUGUACGCGGGGCGGGAAAGCUGUCCUCUCCAGGCAGUUUCGUGAGAUGCAGCGAUCCAGAAUUGAGGCCCUUCUUGCUUCAUUCCCGAAGCUCGCAGACACUGGGACACAGCAUACAACAGUGGAGCAAGACAAUGUGCGAUUUGUGUACCAGCCGCUGGACGAACUGUACAUGGUCCUCAUCACCAAUCGACAGUCCAACAUCCUUCAAGACAUUGACUCCCUGCACCUCUUCGCGCAGGUUGUUACAAGCACCUGCAAGACCUUAGAUGAGAGGGAAAUCUUGAGAAAUGCAUAUGAACUUCUUAGCGCCUUUGAUGAGCUCGUUACGCUUGGGUACCGGGAAAACCUCACGAUCAGUCAAAUCAAGACUUUCUUGGAGAUGGAGAGUCACGAGGAAAGGAUACAGGAAAUCAUUUCUAGGAACAAAGAAUUGGAGGCUACUGAGGAGCGCAAACGAAAAGCAAAACAACUGGAAAUGCAACGCAAGGAAGUCUCAAGAACUGGAAGAAGUGCAGUGCCACGAACGCCAGUGUAUCCCACCUACAACCCCCCAGCACGUCCUGCUGUCACAGACACAUACGAUACAUAUGAAGCCGAGAAGAACAAGUCUUACAAAGCAACUGCGCCUAAAGUCAAAGGCAUGCAGUUGGGCAAGAAGUCGAAGACCACAGAUAUGUUUGAACGUGUCAGAGGAGACUUGGGAGCCGAGGCUGAGGAAACAGCUUCGUCGCCUCUUGUACCGAAUCACCCUACAACAGCUGCUGCCCCCGCACAAUCUUCUCGAGUCUCUUCAUCACUGGAUCGCGAGGCUGUCCAUGUGACGAUUUCUGAGACCAUCAACGCAAAGCUAUCAAGAGAAGGCUCUCUCAACUCCAUAGAGGUCAAAGGCGAUUUACAAUUGCGCAUCUCAGAUCCCUCAUUAACCAAAGUAAAGUUGGACCUGGUGGCAAAAACGAGCCACGGCGUCCAAUUCCGGACACAUCCCAACGUUGACAAAGGGCUUUUCAAUAUGUCAAGAGCGAUUCAGAUGAGCAAUAUCGCGAAGGGUUUCCCUGUUAAUAACUCGGUGGGGGUCUUACGUUGGAGAGCAACACCAAAGGAUGACGAUGCAAGCGCUGUUCCAAUAACCUUCACCGUGUGGGUAAAUAAGGGGUCGGAUGAUACGUACAACAUUACCGUUGAGUAUGAACUUACUGGGGGCGACCCGUUGAAGGAUGUGACUGUCACCAUUCCGUUUGUCACAAGUGAGCCUGCAGUCUCCAGCUUUGAUGCUACGUACGAAGUAGCUGGUGAUAGCCUGGAAUGGACUAUUGGCUUGGUGGAUGGAGACAAUGCUACGGGUACCUUCGAAUUCGAAGCUCAAGCCGGAGAUGAGAACGAAUUCUUCCCAAUGCAGGUCAAAUUUGGAAAGACGAAGCCUUUUAUUGAUGUCGAUGUGACCGAUGUAACACUCCUUGAAAUGAAUGAAGCGGUGGCCUUCUCGAAGGAAAUCAAGUCCAUUGCUGAUUCGUAUAUAAUUGAGUGAAUGGAAUGAACG